AUGACCAUGACCUCGGUGCUAUGGCUGUGUGGGCAGUGCCCCUCAUACCUCCAUAUCAAAAACAAGAAGAACUGCCAGGGUACCAACCUUUCGGAGAAGUGGUCGGGGUUGAGGACAGUCCUCGAGUGGAAGAGAAGGAGGUGCCUUGCACAAAUAAAGAGUGACGGUGAGGAUAAAUAUUUGGGUCAUGUCGAGGUGAGCUUCCUGUUGCCCAAGCUAACUAGCAAAAAAGAAGAAGACCAAGCAAUAAAAAGUACUGCAGAGAAGGCGUUGGUUCUCAGGUUUGGGAGAGAUGAGGAUCCUGUCUGUCUGCAGCCAGAUGAUAUUCCUUCUAAGACGUCUUCUGACCUGAGUAGAAUGGCUGCCACGUAUCUGGUAGAUGUGGACCGAACUCCCGUUCACACGCACUAUUUUGACAUCAGUUAUAUUCCAUCUACUGUGUUCUUCGAUGGGCAGCACAUGAAAGUGAAUCGGGGGUCUCCUGAUCACACUAAGUUUGUGGGAAGUUUCAAAACCAAGCAAGACUUCAUAGAUGUGGUUGAAGUAAUUUAUCGAGGAGCAGUGAGGGGAAAGCUUAUUGUCCAAAGUCUUACUGAUCCCAAGAAUAUUCCCAGAUGUGACCUCUAUCAAGACAUUUAGCGCAUUCACUACUGUCAAAGUUGAAGGAAAAAGCACAUCAUGAAACAGUACCUGAACCCAGCUGUGGCAUUUUCCUGGAGUCCUUCGGACGUGUGUUUAGCGUCCCAGCGGAGAAGAGUGCUGACUUGGGUAGAAAAUACCCCACCCCCAAGUAGAAAGACCACGCUGACAGCCACCAUGAGCAAGGAUGCUUAAAUGUUCCCUGCAAACCCCAGAGCAGUCAAGACGACUGGGGUCACUUUGCCCAGCGGGAUUUUUUUUAAUUUAUAUUGUGCUUCUCUUUAGUCUUUAAGAUGAUACAGAAUCCUUCUGAACAUUGGCUAGUAUAUUUAUGUUGAUUUUGAUAUACAAGUAAGAUAGGAAAUCACUUCCCGUAAGAGCAGAAGUACUUCUUUUUUACCCUAAAGGUACCUACACACAUACCCUCGCCCUCACCUGUUUCUCCACUCAUGUAUUUGUCUCAUGCUCUCCUGUCUCCAGUCCUUGUUAUCUCAGUUUCUCUUGGAAUAAAUGAUUCUCUACCGAUAGGAGAAAG